CCCUGCUCCGAGUCACGUGUCAGUGCCUGAGGCAGAGACUGAGAGAAAAAAACGCGCUUCAUUCCUUCUUCCACCGCCAUACUGUAUUUUAUACUAAAUCUCAUUUUUAUUCCAACAUUUUACUCCCGCUCGGUGAGUACCUUCUCAGUGGCAUUCUUGUCCUAUUCUUUUUUUUUUGUCCUUUUUUUUUGUUUUUUGUUUUUUUGUUUUUGUUUUUCUUCUUCUUUUUUUUUCCACUUCUUUGAUUAUUGUUUAUAUUUGGGAAAGCUGGAGGAGCAUGGUUUUGAGCCUUUUCCUGAAUCCAAGUUUUUCUAGCAUGCGAUGGUUCUGUAGACAAGGCGCUGUGUCUGGGAGUCCGUGGCGACCGUGCCCGCCGGGAGCGACUCCCAAGUCCAGCAAAAUAUGCAACUGGUUUUAUGGAAAAAGCGAUGUGAAGUAUGGUGCCUAUUUUUUUUUUCCUUUGUAAAAAUAAAAAGCAUGUUUCUAACUCUUUUUUUUGCAUACUCUUUUUCUGAUGAGAUUUUUGUAUAGGUGGGAUUUUACGGCAGUGUUUACAAGUUUGUGGCUUUGCAAUACUGGUACAAACCACUGAGCAAAGGCAUUAAUUUUCUAUUUUUUGUGCCGUUUUUGGAAGCCGGUGAGAACAAAUUCGUUUUUUCCCUCCUGUUUUUGACACCCAUUGAUAACAUGAAACUUUUCUUGCAGCUGGUUACUGGGAUAAUUUUUAAGCAAAAUACUUUUUUCCUCCUUUAUAUUAACUAUGACUUUUGCACAUUUGCAUUUUUUAAAAACCGAGAUAAUUUUAUGAUAGAUAUCCUGAUAUCUAUAUAUUAUCCCUUCUUCCUUCCCCUUCCCUCCCCGUAAAUCAAUUUUCAAAUGAUGGCAGUGGAAGGUUUUUCUGGAAAAAAAAAAAUGAAGUGCGGUUUGGUUUCCUUGUCAACGGAGGAUGAAGUGAACAGCUGAGCAGCUCGCAGAGAGCAGCUACAGCCAGAAGAAUUCAGAGUUGAUGGAGAGAAGCUGCUGAGGUGGGGAACAGUGCUAGAUCUGAAGCCGACUGCUUGGGUAGCUUUAGCAGGAGCUGAUGAAAGACGCGGUUGAUUUCGAAGGUCCACCAAAGCCACUAGGAGUCAAGGAUUAAAACAAGGUGAGCCAACCAUGACUGGCAAAACACAGACCAGCAAUGUCACCAAUAAGAAUGACCCCAAGUCCAUCAACUCCCGUGUUUUCAUCGGCAAUCUAAAUACAGCCAUUGUCAAGAAAGUUGACAUUGAAGCCAUAUUCUCAAAGUACGGAAAAAUAGUUGGAUGCUCAGUUCACAAAGGUUACGCGUUCGUACAGUACAUGAGUGAGCGGCAUGCGAGAGCUGCAGUGGCUGGAGAAAAUGCCAGGAUCAUCGCCGGCCAGCCACUUGAUAUCAACAUGGCAGGAGAACCCAAACCAUACAGACCAAAACCUGGAAACAAGAGGCCCCUUUCUGCACUUUAUAGACUUGAGUCAAAGGAGCCUUUCCUGUCUGUUGGUGGUUAUGUCUUUGACUAUGAUUACUACAGAGAAGAUUUCUACAAUCGGUUAUUUGAUUACCAUGGGCGUGUGCCCCCACCUCCCCGUGCAGUAAUUCCACUGAAGCGUCCCAGAGUGGCCGUCACAGCGACUCGCAGGGGUAAAGGAGUCUUUUCCAUGAAAGGGGGAUCAAGAUCUACCGUCAGUGGGUCAUCUUCAUCGGGCUCCAAAUUGAAGUCAGAUGAGUUACAGACAAUCAAGAAAGAAUUAACCCAGAUCAAAACGAAAAUUGACUCCUUGCUAGGGCGCCUGGAGAAAAUUGAGAAGCAGCAGAAGGCGGAGGCAGAAGCUCAGAAGAAGCAAUUGGAAGAGAGUAUAGAGCUGAUCCAAGAUGAAUGUGUGUCAGAGAAUGCAGAUCACUCUACAGAGGAGCCUGCUGAAGGAGGGCCAGAUGCGGAUGGAGAAGAGAUGACUGAUGGGAUAGAGGAGGACUUCGAUGAAGAUGGGGGUCAUGAGCUGUUUCUACAGAUAAAGUGAUCUGAAGUAAUGAAUGAUGCCAUGAGAACAGAAAAGAGAAACUGUGACAACCCCCAGAAAUGUGAAAGGAGGUUUCUUACUGGAUUGCAGCUUCUUUGGUUCAAUUUAUUUAAAAAAAAAAAAAAACCCAAAUAAAUAAAAUGGACAGUAUUGUUCAAUUUUAGAAAUUCCACUUCUUCUAUGUUCUAAGCUAUAUAAUUGUCAGGUUUUUAUGGUUUAGAUCGUAAAUGUGUUUUCCCCUUUGCUAAUUAUGUUGUGUUUUUUUUUAAGUCUUUUAAAGUCUUAAAAUGUGAAGGACAUUUAUGAACGGUAAGGGAGACACUGUAUACAAAUGUAUAUUUGUAAAAGCUAUUUUUAUGAUUAGCAUGUUUUACUGUUGAUCAUAUAUAAAGUCAGGUGAUAUUGCAAUUCUAUGUUUAAAGCUUAUUUCCAACAAUGUCAUGUAAGAAAAGAUACAUCGUAAGCUAGUUUUUAUAAUUUAUUUUUAAUUUAUAGUUUAAAGUACUUUAGAUCAUAAUGAUAAAAUACUUGAAAAGGUUAUAUUUCUGCCCUCCAUAAGCACCAUUUUUAUUAAUAAAGAAUGCAAGUAUUUCAGUGAUUCAAUAGUGAAAGGACUGUUGCUUUGAUGUGUGAUUAAAUUGAGCAUUCUCUACUCAACUGAAAUGAUCCAAUUGUUACCCAGUACUUCAGUGUGAGUAGGAGAUCCCUUGGACAGGUUAGUGCCAAUACAGGUGAAAACUAUAUUGGCAAGGAAAGAUUGUCUUGUUUUUGGGUCCCAAAAGUUUAAAUAGUGCACAUAUCACUUCAUUGCAUCUCCUAUUACUAGGAACGCUCCAUUCCCAAGCAUUGCAAGUGUUUUCCAGAUGCUCUUUGCUGUUGUCUUGUGCUGUGGAAAUGGAAGAAACCAUCUUCGCAGACUGUAGGAGAAUUCAGCAUAUAAUUUCUUAAUAAAUACUGUUUCUUUUAAAACAAAGUUGG